AUGGACAAUUCGACCAGCCGCCCAGCUUCGCACCGGCGGCCCCAGACGCCUGCCAUUACGGUCGAUACCUCGGCCAUCAAUAAUGAACAAGAACCCUUCCCAGACGUAGAGGACCACUCUCCUACGUCACCGACCUUCGAAGACACAAACACUCUCGCCGUUCCUACGAGGACAUCCCGCGCACAGUCAUGGGAUUCCAACAAGUCGCAUCCUACACAAACUCCUACGACUCCUGGAUCCGAUCCAGGGGACUCUCUACGAAAACCCUCGGCCGCUGGAGACAGCAACAUUACGGGGACCACUAAAAAUGGAAAAAUCGAUCCGUUGAGUCCGGAUCCGGGCGAGGAGCAGCUCUUCAAUAUUGUCAAUAACCCAUUCGCCUUCUCGCCAGGCCAGCUCACCAAGACUCUCAACCCAAAGAGUCUUGAUGCAUUUGCGGCCCUUGGUGGUCUUCCUGGUCUUGAAAAGGGUCUCCGUACCGACAGAGCGGCUGGCCUCAGUCUCGAUGAGGCCACAAUCUCGGAUCCUAUUUCCUUCGAAGAUGCUGUAGCGGCAGGCACCGACACAGCGAACCCAAAGAAGGCCGCUCUGGAUGUUAAUGCUAUUGCAAAGGAGGCUGGAAGUCAGCCGGACGGCUCAGCUGGAAACGACUCUGAUGGAAACUUUGCCGACCGGAAGAGGGUGUUUGGCGAGAACCUUCUUCCCGAGAGGAAAUCGAAAUCUUUCUUGGAGCUCGCAUGGAUUGCUCUCCAGGACAAGGUCUUGAUCCUUCUGUCGGUUGCUGCUGUCAUUUCUCUCGCGCUCGGCCUAUACCAAACUUUUGGUAACAAGCAUCACCAGGGCGCCAAAGUCGAGUGGGUCGAAGGCGUUGCCAUUGUUGUCGCCAUUUUGAUUGUCGUUAUCGUUGGUGCUGCCAACGAUUGGCAAAAGGAGCGCCAGUUCAGGAAACUGAACAAGAAGAAGGAAGACCGCAUCGUCAAGGUCAUUCGCUCUGGAAAGCCGACCAAUCUUUCUAUCCACCGUGUCCUCGUGGGCGACGUUAUGCUGCUCGAAGCGGGAGACGUCAUUCCGGUUGACGGUGUCUACAUCGAUGGUCAUAAUGUCAGUUGCGACGAGUCGUCCGCCACGGGCGAGUCGGACCUGAUCAAGAAGGUUCCCGCUGCUGCUGUGAUGCAAGGGAUUCGCGAAGGUAACACGAACAUCAAGAAACUCGACCCGUUCCUCAUUUCGGGUGCACGAAUCCUAGAUGGCGUUGGCACGUUUCUUGUUACUGCUGUCGGCCAGAACUCGAGUCACGGUAGGACCAUGAUGUCUCUGCGCGACGAUCCUGGACAGACUCCUCUGCAGCUGAAGCUGAACAUUCUUGCUGGGUACAUUGCCAAACUUGGUAGUGCGGCUGGUCUGAUUCUCCUCGGUGUCCUCACUAUCCAGUUCCUCGCCCGUCUCCCCGGGAACGACGACAGUCCCGACGAGAAGGGCCAGACGUUCCUCCAGAUUCUCAUCACCUCCAUCACCAUUGUUGUCGUUGCGGUUCCCGAGGGCUUGCCGCUUGCCGUGACCCUCUCACUUGCGUACGCGACAAAGCGUAUGACAAAGGAGAACAACCUGGUCCGCCACUUGCAAUCUUGCGAAACUAUGGGUAACGCGACGGUCAUCUGCUCCGACAAGACGGGCACCUUGACCGAGAACGUCAUGACGGUAGUGGCUGGGUCCCUUGGCUCUGGGAGCGUGCGCUUCAACGAUCGUGACGACCAAGACGCGGAGGCUAUCACCGAACCGACGACGCCUGCAAAGGAGUUGCUCAAGGAAUCUGUCGCUGUGAACACGACUGCCUUUGAGGCCGAGGAGAAGGGAAAGCAGGUCUUUGUCGGCACGAAGACGGAGACAGCUCUCCUCGACUGGGCCCGUAAAUGCUUCGCUCUCGGCCCCAUUGCCGAGGAGCGCUCUAGCUUCCCUACGCAGCAACUACUGCCCUUCAACUCGAAGCGGAAGUGCAUGGGUAUCGUCAUUCGUUUGCCCGAGAACAAGUAUCGCCUUUUUAUCAAGGGUGCGCCGGAAAUCGUAUUGGGACAAUCCAACAAGGUCAUCGCAGACCCUACUUCCUCGCUCGCACGCGCCAACAUGGAGGACCAGCAACGCGAGGACAUUAAGCGCACCAUCUCCGACUAUGCUAAGCAGUCUCUUCGUACCCUGGCACUGGCGUACCGCGACUUUGAGUCGUGGCCUCCCCCGAACUCUCGCAAGGAGGAGGGUACCGACAAUGUCGAGUUCAACGACCUGUUCAAGCAUCUGAACUGGAUCGGUGUUGUUGGUAUUCAGGAUCCUGUGCGAGGCAACGUCCCCAAGGCUGUGGCACACUGCCACAGUGCCUCCGUGUCCGUGAAGAUGGUGACGGGUGACAACAUUGAGACUGCCAAAGCUAUCGCCCGCGACUGUGGUAUUCUUACCGAGGGCGGUCGUGUCAUGGAGGGCCUGGAGUUCCGACGCCUCAGCGACCAAGAUCGACGCGCCGUGGUUAGGGACCUGCAGGUUUUGGCGCGCUCCAGCCCCGAGGAUAAGAGGAUUUUGGUCAAGACACUCAAGUCUCUCGGAGACGUCGUCGCUGUCACUGGUGACGGUACCAACGACGCGCCCGCGCUCAAGGCUGCCGACGUUGGUUUCUCUAUGGGCAUCACGGGAACCGAAGUUGCCAAGGAGGCGUCUGACAUUAUUCUGAUGGACGACAACUUUUCUUCCAUUGUCGGUGCCCUCGCUUGGGGCCGAGCCAUCAACGACGCCGUCAAGAAGUUCCUCCAGUUCCAGAUCACGGUCAACAUCACUGCUGUCAUUCUCACCUUUGUCUCGGCUGUCGCCAGUGCCGAAGAGGAGGCUGUGCUCAAGGCCAUCCAGCUUCUCUGGGUCAACCUCAUCAUGGACACUUUUGCCGCGCUGGCUCUCGCCACCGACCCGCCGACGGAAUCGCAACUGCGUCGGAAGCCGGAAGCCAAGACUGCACCGCUCAUUACGUUGACCAUGUGGAAGAUGAUUAUCGGCCAGUCCAUUUACCAGUUGAUCGUAUCCUUUGUGCUGCACUUUGGCGGGCCCAGCUUCUUAAAAUACCCCAAGGAUGAGAUGGACGCGCUUGUGUUCAACACAUUCGUGUUCAUGCAGAUCUUCAAGCUCAUCAAUAGCAGACGUAUCGACAACGAGCUCAACAUCUUUGAGGGUCUGUCGCGCAACCGCCUCUUCUUGGUCAUGUUUGCCAUCAUGGUGGGCGGCCAGGUUCUCAUCGUUUUCGUUGGCAGCGACGCCUUUGUCGUGGUACCGCUGACCGGACCUCAAUGGGGCAUCUCGCUUGUGCUCGGCUUCCUCUCGAUCCCGAUUGGUGUUUUGAUCCGUCUGUUCCCCGACUCGAUCGUCCGCACGUGCGCCCACUGGGUGGACAGGCACCUGCCCAGGAUCCCGAUGCCCAAGUUCCUCAAGCGCAAGAAGAACAAGUCGGACGAGGAGACACAAAACGGCGUCGGCACAGCGUUCCAGGGCAUCCGCGACGAUCUGCUCUUCCUCAAGCGAAUCCGCGGUGGCCGCAUCUACCUUGUCGGCGAUGCCAUCGUACACCCUGUGGAGGCGGUCCGACGCACGCGCAGCCGCAGCAGGACGGGUGGCUCCAACUCGGAAGACGAACGGUCGUCCAUGUCGCCGAUGCGGUCCGCCAUGGGUUCGGCGGUUGGUAUGCCUGGCAUUAUCGCUGCCAGCAUUGGAGGCCUGUCGCCGAUUGAGCGCCAGCCAUCGACGUCCUCGGGCCUGAACGACUCGACGCCACUGCAGGAGGAAAAGGGCCGCCGGGACAGCGACGAGAAGGGGACCGGACCAGCGCAGCCGCAGCCGGUGGACAAGGCGUAA